GUGACUGUAAGAUUCAUCCGUACCCCCUCCCUGAAGAAAAUAAAGAAGCUACGAAUAUUGGAAAAAGACUAACGGCUACAACUAUUGAAAGUCAAGGGAAAGACGAAGUUAAAAUUAGAAGUGAAGGCCCGA